AUGUUUUUCCCCCGCCUUUCGCUCGCGGCCGUGAAGGCCUCUCCUGCAACCCGCGACGUGCUCCCGAGUAUGCUCACCCGUCGCGUUUCUCUGAACUCCCCAGCCUUCACCCAGUUUUCUUCGCCGAAAUUCUUUUUCUCUCCGAGCCGAAGCUUUUCGCAGUCUCCCCUCUUCCAAAAACACACCCCGAUCCACUGCAACCAGAGACUCGCAGCCGCCGGCGCUCUCGUCCCCACGCAGCAACCGUCCAUGACUCGCCAGAACCCGUACGCCAUGCAAGUUGGCGCUCGCUACGAUGCUGGAGUAGCUAGCCUUAGCGCUGCCAUUGCGUUGAUGUCUGUUGGAGGCGUCGCUCAAGGUAUCGGCUCUCUCUUCGCUGCGCUUGUUUCCGGAACUGCGCGCAACCCGUCGAUCAAGGAAGACUUGUUCACCUACACUCUCAUUGGAAUGGGUUUCCUUGAGUUCCUGGGCAUUAUUUGCGUCUUGAUGAGCGCAGUCCUGCUCUACUCUUAA